AUGAUCUACGCCCGUCUUCAAGUGAUAGAGACCGUCGCCGACAAGGCUACCACCCCUUUAGUCAGCGGCAACGGCGAUUCUUCUGGUCCUUAUCGCGCACCGUUCCGUAUCAAUGGGCGACUCAGUGUUCUCGACGAUUCGAUCAUUCGUCAUGCGUUUGACACCGUGCAGCUGUGCCUGAGAGGGAUCAUCACGUCCAGCAUCGGGUAUAGAAGGGUCCUCGAAGACGUGAUCACCUUGACCGAUAUAAAGACACCUUCGCAGUUCAAGCCGACAUGUCCCACCAGUCCAGAUGACAGUCAACGCGGUCGGCACGUGGACUUCUAUUUCGAAUUGCCCACCAGUACAUCGGCCAGCGACGGCACAUAUCGUCCGAUCCCCCUGUCCGGGACAUUCAAGGGCGCCGUCAACUUGAACCAGAAUCAUCCUCUGAAUCAAAACUGCGUCAUCCCAGGUGAAUGCGAGGUUUCCUACUGGAUUGAGGCCCACUUUCGUCGCGCUGGGGAGCAGGUCGGGUUUCUGCAUCGACACGUUCAGAUCCGAUCGCUUUAUCCGCGGCUACGAGCGUCGCUGACGAGAGCCACCCCUUUGACCAUCCGCGCCAAACCUGACAUUUUCACCCGAUGUCGGCUCCAGAAAUGUCCCGACCUGUCACUCACUCUGUCUGACUCAGGGAUGGUAGUGGAGCGAGACCCUGCUACGGGGAAGCGACGCAUUACGCUGCCUCUUGCUGUGGCCAUGAAUGCAUCGGACGCUUUUCCUGUGCAUUCCCGCCAAUCCAUGACAUGCGCCGCGGAAGUGAAGUGGCUGGUGACCACACGCUUCUCGGCCCAGACCGGUUGCAAAGGCUCCAAAAGAUUGUUACCCAGUGAGGUUGUGCGCAAGACCUCGAUGGCGUCGACGCAGAAAUCAACCAUACUGUUCCGUCCGUUGCCGCAAUACGGCAACGGCGAGGUCAACUCUGUCAAACACAGUCCCACGACUCCUUUCAUCGCAACAUCGCAGCUCGAUCUGUCUGUCCCGGACGCUGUCUGCCAGCCGUCACUCGACUGGAUGUAUCUCGCAAGGACAUACACGCUGCAGUUGUCUCUGCAGUUUCGCGGCGUGCAGGGCGCGCCCAACUACAGCGUCAACGUCAGCCUGCCAUUGACGGUUUCAGCCUACGGUUCCAAAGCAGAUGAUGCACUCGCCGGUGAAGCACUCCUCGAUGAUUCGGAGACGGAUGAGGAAGAUGCCCUCCUUGAGAUGCUUGGUCCGUUGGGACUUGGCCAGCCAGAGCGGCAAACGCCGCUGCAGACACGACCCCAGCGCGCUAUAACGAGGACACCACCGCCGCCGUACUUUCGAUGA